GACAGGCCCCGCCCACAUCAGGUGGGACUUCCUGCCGUGUGGUGGGACCUCAGGAGAAGGACAAUCGCCUGAGAGCUGGAGUGGGGACACUCACACAGAAAUUAAGACCAGAAGGUCUGAGACCCUGGGAAGGACACUCCCUCCGUCCCUCCCAGCUCUGCAUCCUCAGAUUCUGUAUUUGGAGGACCCCAAAGUUAUCUUUCCUCCUUCCCUAACGCCCUCCAGCUGCCUUCAUCUUCCUCCUUAUUCCUUAGCUGGGCCCAGCCUGCCCUGCCCAGCCCGGCCUUCUGGGUUCGUCCCUGAGCACUGAGCCAACCAGGGUGAGGAGGCACUCCUUAUCCCCACCCAUGGAGGCCCCUCCAGAGUCUGUCUCCCACCCCCUGGUCACCGAGAGCCCCACGUGACCGAGGCAGAUGCUUCCUGCCCCAGGGGAGUGCUGUGUCAGUGCCCAGCAAGGCCCCGGCCCACAUCUCCCAGCCCAGCGAUGGCUCCCAACCUGCUUCUGCUGCUGCUCCUGGGACUAGCAGGCCAGGGCUCCGCGGACCAUCUCCCCGAGGUGUUGCGGGCGUGGGUGGGCGGCUCCGUCCAGGUGCACUGUCUCUACCGACCCCAGGACGGCCGGGCCCGGAAGGUGUGGUGCCGCUUCCUGAUGGAGAGGUGCCAGCCCUUGGUGUCCUCGGCGGUGGACCGCAGAGACCCGGGACACAGCCACAUCUUCCUCACGGACCUGGGGAGUGGCCUGCUGCAGGUGGACAUGACCUCCCUGAGGGAGGAGGAUGCCGGGGAGUACGGCUGCGUGGUGGAGGCCGACGCUGGGCCCCAGACAGUGCACAGGGUGUCCCUGGAGGUCCUCCCGGCAGCUCCUGGCCUGACAGAGGAAGAGGAGUUCGACAAGGUUGGCAGUGAGACUGACGAGCCCUCAUACCCCUUCAGCAGUGCCAGCCCUCUGCCCAGCCAGCAUGAGACAAGCAUCCCCUUGAUCUGGGGCUCCGUGCUCCUGCUGAGCUUGCUGGUGGUGGCGGGAGUGCUAUUUGCUGUGAUGGCCAAAAGGAAAGGGAACAGGCGAGGCGUCCCUGGCCAAUCCCAGCGCAGCGGAGGUCCAGGCAUGGCACUCUCCCCAGCGGUCCGCACAGAUGACUCUGGACUGGCUCUAGACGUGCCGUCGGACGUACCGUACACCAGGCUGGACUCACCACCUUCCUUUGACAACACUACCUAUAGCAACCUCUCCCUUGAGCCCCCGUCAAGGAAACCCCCAGCCCCAGCUCCAUCCUCAUCACCCCCUUUGCCUCCUGAGGUCCUGAGCUGCUCCAACCCUGUGAUGUAUGCCACAGUCAUCUUCCCUGGGGACAGGGGGGGCAGGCCCACCCAGGAGCCAGCGCAGGAUCCCCCUCAUGGCCAGACUUCAUCCAGCUGAGAUGCUCACCACACUGUGUGCUCACAGAGGCCACAGGUUCUUUCUGUGCGUCCACCAGCCA